ACUCUUUAGAGGAUGCGGCGCUUGCGAAUCGAACAUUCCGGAAACAAUAAAGUCUUAGCAAAGGAAAAAAACAACAACAUUACUCCUUCUUUCUCCUGGAUCUGUUCCCUGCAGAAAGGUCUUUGCAAGCUCUGUGGAUCUUGUGAUAUAGCCGAACAGUCUUAGCUUACGUUUUUUUUUUAAACGGACACAGCUUGCAGUACAUAGAUUCAUUGGUUAUCGAUGGCAGUGACGAGGUCACGUACCGAACUGUUAAAAGUAGUCAAAGUCAAGGGAUUUAAAUGUUAGAUACAGGCUAGAGAUUAUGUAACAGCAGGUGUCGGCAGAGUUAUAAGAAAUAAGGUGGAGAAAAGCAUUAAGGAAGCACUAAUGAAACGUCAUGUUUUGAACGUUUGCUCCUAAGGUUAGAGACAUUUUGAUUUGCCCUCUCUGGAAAGUAAAAUAGAUCAAGAAUGGAAAAAGAGGAUUUCGAGACUGACAGAAAUGGAGGAGCGAGAAAAAAGAUUUUUGUAAGAACAUCACCCGCAUCGUCAGAUGAGAGUUCUGUUAGAAACCUGGAGAGACAUGGCCUUGAACGUAGCAGUGUCCAGCCUUCAACUGAGCAUCUUGCUGUACAGAUCCGACAAUUAAGCUCUAACUGCUCUCAGCUGCAGAGAAGCAUGGGGGACAGCCAGAUGGGGGACAGCCAGAGCCUAAGGAUGUUCCUGAGCAAAUUUACUGACCAAAAUAAUCGUUUGAAAGCUAGCAGCGAACAGAUCUUUGAUGAGCUGAGACAGAGUAGGAGACUGUUGACCUAUGUUCUCUCGGAGAAUACACAAGCAAUGGGGGCUUUAAAGGAAUGUCUUGGAGAAAACAGAGCAUCAGUCAUUGAAUUGCAUGAAGCAUUAAAGGCACUGAGGACCUAUUAUUUAGAAUCACAAACUGAGCCAAUAAGGUCACCCAGUGGCAAUCAUCUUUCGAGAAACUGCGAUAGACAUACAUCACAAUCAGAAUUGAACUUUACACAAACUGGACACAACGAGUCUACAUUGGACGAACACUUUGCUCAUGCAUCCCUUUAUUCAACUAAUUUUCAGUUUGCUAGGCAACAGAUUGACCAAAGGAGGGCAGAACCUCGACAUCAAUCUCAUAUUGAUGAAGAGCCACAGGGAGAGUUAGGAAAUGCUGUAAUCAUGGACACAUCUAAUUUACAGAGAAUUGGACAAAGGUUGCCAGCUACACCACAGCAUGAACUUUUGCCAGAUAGGCCUACAUUACAACAGAUGCACUACACAGUUCCACAAGGACAUAUCCCUCAUCGAUCAGAACAGCAACAGGAACAUACCCAAGAAACACUAGCACAUCAACAGGGACAGUUUUCACGCCCAACACUACAUUUUGCUGGUGGACAUUUCCAGAGUAUUCCAGAAACUCCACAAGGAAAUGUCAUGCCAAUACCAUCACAGCAAGAACUUUCAAUGGCUACACAAACUCAAGGACAUUUUAUGGCUACACCAACUCAAGGCCAUUUAAUGGCUACACCAACUCAACGCCAUUUAAUGGCUACACCAACUCAAGGACAUUUAAUGGCUACACCAAAUCAGCAAGGAAAUUUCUUAGCUACAACUCAGCAAAGAGAUGUCAUGGCUAUACCAACACAGCAAGGGCAUAUAAUGGCUACACCAUUGCAGAAAGGAAAAUUCAUUGCAACAACAACUCAGCAAAGAGAUGUCAUGGCUAUGCCAACACAGCAAGGGCAUAUAAUGGCUACACCAUUGCAGCAAGAACAUUUCAAUGCUACAACAACUCAGCAAAGAGAUGUCAUGGCUAUACCAACACAGCAAGGGCAUAUAAUGGCUACACCAUUGCAGCAAGAACAUUUCAAUGCUACAACAACUCAGCAAAGAGAUGUCAUUGCUAUACCAACACAGCAAGGGCAUAUAAUGGCUACACCAUCGCAGCAAGGAAAUUUCAUUGCUACAACAACUCAGCAAAGAGAUGUCAUGGCUAUGCCAACACAGCAAGGGCAUAUAAUGGCUACACCAUUGCAGCAAGAACAUUUCAUGGCUACACAAUCACGGCAAGAACAUUUAAUACCAACAUCAUUUCAGCAAAGAAAUGUAAUAACUAAACCAUCAAACCAAGGACAUACAUUGACUACUUCGGUUCAGCGAGGAAAUACUAUGGCUACACCAUUACAGCAAGGAAAUGUAGCUACCGAAUCGCAGUCAGGAAAUUUCAGUUUUACACCGAUUCAACAAGGAAAUUUCAUCUCUACGCCAACUCAACAAGGACAUUUAUUGGCUACAGAUAAUGUAAUGGCUAAAACAUUUCAGCAUGAAAAUGUCAUGAUUUCAUCAUCACAGCCACGAAAUUUAAAAGCUACACCAACUCAUCAAAGAAAUCAAAAGGCUACAUCAAUUGAGCCAAGAAAUGUCAUGGCUACACCAUCGCGGCAAGAAAAUGUAAUGGCAACCCGAUCCCAGGAAGUAAAUAAUGUUAUGGCUACACCAUCUCAAGAAGCUAAUGUCAUGACCACACCCACUCAGAACGGAACUGUACUAGCUACACCAACACUACAAGGAAAUGUCAAAACUACAUCGCCUCAGCGAGAACAUGUCAUGGCUGAACAAUCAUCAACACAAGAACGAAAUCUCAAAAUUAACCAGACACAAACUCAGCAAGGACAUCAUUCUUUUCCACCAACCGAAAUAAGUCCACCUUUGGUUGACUCGCUGAGAAGUGAAACUAGUAGACACUACUUGUCAUUCGUAACUGAAAACCAAAACCGACAAACUCCUAAUGGUAAAAUGCCAUCACCAAAAAUUCAACAAUUAGAUUCUACAAUAAAUAAACAAAGCUCUGGAGGCUUGGCUCAACAAUUCACUCCAGGUACAGAUACCCCUCAUGGCUCUAAGCUCUUUGAGAGUCUAAGUGUGUCCUCAUUAAAAAUUUCCAAAUAUGUAUUUAAUCAUAUUGAUGCUGAGAAUGAGUCCACAGAAAAUCCUUCAUCUAUGGCUGAUACAGAUAUACCAUUAGCAGAAAUUCAGCAGCAAGAUUCUGCAAUAAAUAAACAAAGCCGUGGAGACUUGCCUAAACAAUUAUCGUCACGUUCAGAUACCGCUCAUGGCGAUACAUUCUUUGAGAGUCCAAGAAUGUCGUCUUUAAAAUUUCCCAAAUGUGUAAUUGAUGAUGUAGACUCCACAGAAAAUCCUUCAUCUAUUGCUGAUACAGAUAUACCAUUAGAGGAAAUUCAGCAGCAAGAUUCUGCAAUAAAUAAACAAAGCCGUGGAGACUUGCCUAAACAAUUAUCGUCACGUUCAGAUACCGCUCAUGGCGAUAAACUCUUUGAGAGCCCCAUUAUAUCCUCAUUGAAAAUGCCCAAAACUGAAUUUGAUAACUUUGAUGUAAAGAACAAAUCUAAAGUAAGUCCUUCAUCUAUUUCUGAUACGGAUUUACCACCAUCAGAUAUUCAGCAGUUAGAUUCUACAAUGAAUAAACAUAGCUAUGGAAACUUGGCUGAACACUUUACUUCAAUUGAUACAGAUAAUACACUUGAAGAGGAAGGUGAUCGCCAAAGCUCUUGUACAGAAGGAAUUUCUUUGAAUACAGUCAUUAAAAGUGGAGCUAUGCUUUUUACGAGUCCAGUACUAGCGCAAUCUAGAAAUAUUGUGAGAGAUGAUGAAGAUUAUGAACAAUUGUCUUCAGUUGAAACAGAUAACACCCUUGGACAAGAAGAGGAAUACCAAAGCUCUUGUACUGAUGGAAUUUCUUUGGAUACAGUCAUAGAAAGUGGAGGUAUGCUUUUUAAUAGCCCUGUAUUAUCAGUACCAGAGCAAUCUAGAAGAAAGCUUGUGAGGGAUCGUAAAGAUUAUGAAACAUCUAUGUCUGAGACACACAGUUCUUCUUCUUCAUCUCAUGAAGAUGAUCUUGAUAGUACAGAUGAUUCUUGCAGUCAAGACUUUUCUCAAGAUUCAGACAAACACGAUAUUUUAUUUGAGAAUAGACCAUCACCAAAGACUAAAAAUAACACAACGAAAUCUAUGAGCAAUAACAAGACAAUAUUGUUUACACCCAACACACAAGCCAAAGAAUUACACUCACAAUCGCAAACGGAAAUGGUAGUUCACAAGAGCAAUGUAUCUAGCCAAUUAGUUCAUCAGAGCAAUGUAAUUAGACCGUUAGGUCAUCAGAGCAAUGUAACUAGACCAUUAGCUCCCCAGAGUAAUGUAACUAGCCCAUUUAUUAAUCAGAGAAAUGUUACUAGACCAUUAGCUCCCCAGAGCAAUGUAACUAGCCCAUUUAUUGAUCAGAGCAAUGUAACUAGACCAUUAGGUCAUCAGAGCAAUGUAACUAGCCCAUUUAUUGAUCAGAGAAAUGUAACUAGACCAUUAGCUCCCCAGAGCAAUGUAACUAGCCCAUUUAUUGAUCAGAGCAAUGUAACUAGACCAUUAGGUCAUCAGAGCAAUGUAACUAGCCCAUUUAUUGAUCAGAGAAAUGUAACUAGACCAAUAGCUCCCCAGAGCAAUGUAACUAGCCCAUUUAUUGAUCAGAGCAAUGUAACUAGACCAUUAGGUCAUCAGAGCAAUGUAACUAGCCCAUUUAUUGAUCAGAGAAAUGUAACUAGACCAAUAGCUCCCCAGAGCAAUGUAACUAGCCCAUUUAUUGAUCAGAGCAAUGUAACUAGACCAUUAGGUCAUCAGAGCAAUGUAACUAGCCCAUUUAUUGAUCAGAGAAAUGUAACUAGACCAUUAGCUCCCCAGAGCAAUGUAACUAGCCCAUUUCUUGAUCAGAGUAAUGUAACUAGACCAUUAGGUCAUCAGAGCAAUGUAACUAGCCCAUUUAUUGAUCAGAGUAAUGUAACUAGACCAUUUAUUGAUCAGAGUAAUGUAACUAGCCCAUUUAUUGAUCAGAGUAAUGUAACUAGACCAUUCGGUCAUCAGAGCAAUGUAACUAGCCCAUUUAUUGAUCAGAGCAAUGUAACUAGCCCAUUUAUUGAUCAGAGUAAUGUAACUAGACCAUUUAUUGAUCAGAGUAAUGUAACUAGCCCAUUUAUUGAUCAGAGUAAUGUAACUAGACCAUUCGGUCAUCAGAGCAAUGUAACUAGCCCAUUUAUUGAUCAGAGCAAUGUAACUAGCCCAUUUAUUGAUCAGAGUAAUGUAACUAGCCCAUUUAUUGAUCAGAGUAAUGUAACUAGCCCAUUUAUUGAUCAGAGUAAUGUAACUAGACCAUUAGGUCAUCAGAGCAAUGUAACUAGACCAUUUAUUGAUCAGAGUAAUGUAACUAGCCCAUUUAUUGAUCAGAGUAAUGUAACUAGACCAUUAGGUCAUCAGAGCAAUGUAACUAGCCCAUUUAUUGAUCAGAGCAAUGUAACUAGCCCAUUAAGUCAACAGAGCAAUGUAACUACACCAUUAGCUCCCCAGAGCAAUGUAACUAGCCCAUUUAUUGAUCAGAGCAAUGUAACUAGACCGUUAGGUCAUCAGAGCAAUGUAACUAGACCGUUAGGUCAUCAGAGCAAUGUAACUAGCCAAUUAGUUCAUCAGAGAAAUGUAACUAGCCCAUUUAUUGAUCAGAGUAAUGUAACUAGCCCAUUAGCUCAACAGAGCAAUGUAACUAGACAAUUAGCUCAUCAGAGCAAUGUAACUAGCCCAUUAGUUCACGAGAGCAAUGUAACUAGACCAUCAGUUCAUCAGAACAAUGUAACUAGACCGUUAGGUCAUCAGAGCAAUGUAACUAGCCCAUUAGCUCAUCAGAGCAAUGUAACUAGCCCAUUAGCUCAUCAGAGCAAUGUAACUAGCCCAUUAGCUCAUCAGAGCAAUGUAACUAGACCAUUAGUUCACGAGAGCAAUGUAACAAGCCCAUUAAUAGGAACCUCAUGUGGUCCAAAACUCUUUGUUCCACCAGCCCAGCACUCUAAUGAAUUUGGAGCAUCAGCUGGAGACGUUAAAAUAGAAGACGACGAUGAACGAAAUGAAAGAAAGCAGACGACACAAACAAGACAAGUUGAAGGUCGUAUAAUAAAAAAGGCUAGAAAAAAACGAAACGAAACAUCUAGAAAUAGUCAAAAGGAUAAUAAUAAGAAAACCAUGUCACCAGUAAAUCAUGCAGAAAGAGAACGUGAAAAGAAGGAAGAAGAAAGUAGAGAAAAUAAAAAGAAGGAUGAAGAAAGUAGAGAAAGUAAAAAGAAGGAUGAAGAAAGUAGAGAAAGUAAAAAGAAGGAGGAAGAAAGUAGAGAAAGUAAAAAGAAGGAUGAAGAAAGUAGAGAAAGUGAAAAGAAAGAUGAAGAAAGUAGAGAAAGUGUAAAAAAAGAUGAAGAAAGUAGAGAAAGUAAAAAGAAGGAUGAAGAAAGUAGAGAAAGUGAAAAGAAGGAUGAAGAAAAUAGAGAAAGUGAAAAGAAAGAUGAAGAAAGUAGAGAAAGUGUAAAAAAAGAUGAAGAAAGUAGAGAAAGUAAAAAGAAGGAGGAAGAAAGUAGAGAAAGUGUAAAGAAGGAGGAAGAAAGUAGAGAAAGUAAAAAGAAUGAUGAAGAAAGUAGAGAAAGUAAAAAGAAGGAUGAAGAAAGUAGAGAAAGUGAAAAGAAGGAUGAAGAAAGUAGAGAAAGUGAACAGAAAGAUGAAGAAAGUAGAGAAAGUAAAAAGAAGGAUGAAGAAAGUAGAGAAAGUAAAAAGAAGGAUGAAGAAAGUAGAGAAAGUGAAAAGAAAUAUGAAGAAAGUAGAGAAAGUGUAAAAAAAGAUGAAGAAAGUAGAGAAAGUGAACAGAAAGAUGAAGAAAGUAGAGAAAGUGUAAAGAAGGAUGAAGAAAGUAGAGAAAGUGAAAAGAAUGAUGAAGAAAGUAGAGAAAGUGAACAGAAAGAUGAAGAAAGUAGAGAAAGUGUAAAGAAGGAUGAAGAAAGUAGAGAAAGUGAACAGAAAGAUGAAGAAAGUAGAGAAAGUGUAAAGAAUGAUGAAGAAAGUAGAGAAAGUGAACAGAAUGAUGAAGAAAGUAGAGAAAGUGAACAGAAAGAUGAAGAAAGUAGAGAAAGUGUUAAGAAGGAUGAAGAAAGUAGAGAAAGUGAACAGAAAGAUGAAGAAAGUAGAGAAAGUGUAAAGAAGGAUGAAGAAAGUAGAGAAAGUAAAAAGAAGGAUGAAGAAAGUAGAGAAAGUAAAAAGAAGGAUGAAGAAAGUAGAGAAAGUGAAAAGAAGGAUGAAGAAAGUAGAGAAAGUGAAAAGAAAGAUGAAGAAAGUAGAGAAAGUGUAAAGAAGGAUGAAGAAAGUAGAGAAAGUGAAAAGAAUGAUGAAGAAAGUAGAGAAAGUGAAAAGAAGGAUGAAGAAAGUAGAGAAAGUGAACAGAAAGAUGAAGAAAGUAGAGAAAGUGUAAAGAAGGAUGAAGAAAGUAGAGAAAGUAAAAAGAAGGAUGAAGAAAGUAGAGAAAGUGAAAAGAAAGAUGAACAAAGUAGAGAAAGUAAAAAGAAAGAUGAAGAAAGUAGAGAAAGUGAACAGAAAGAUGAAGAAAGUAGAGAAAGUGAACAGAAAGAUGAAGAAAGUAGAGAAAGUGAACAGAAAGAUGAAGAAAGUAGAGAAAGUAAAAAGAAAGAUGAAGAAAGUAGAGAAAGUGAACAGAAAGAUGAAGAAAGUAGAGAAAGUGAACAGAAAGAUGAAGAAAGUAGAGAAAGUAAAAAGAAGGAUGAAGAAAGUAGAGAAAGUAAAAAGAAGGAUGAAGAAAGUAGAGAAAGUAAAAAGAAGGAUGAAGAAAGUAGAGAAAGUAAAAAGAAGGAUGAAGAAAGUAGAGAAAGUGAACAGAAAGAUGAAGAAAGUAGAGAAAGUAAAAAGAAGGAUGAAGAAAGUAGAGAAAGUAAAAAGAAGGAUGAAGAAAGUAGAGAAAGUAAAAAGAAGGAUGAAGAAAGUAGAGAAAGUGAAAAGAAGGAUGAAGAAAGUAGAGAAAGUGUAAAGAAGGAUGAAGAAAGUAGAGAAAGUGAAAAGAAGGAUGAAGAAAGUAGAGAAAGUGAAAAGAAAGAAGGAGAAAGUAGAGAAAGUAAAAAGAAGGAUGAAGAAAGUAGAGAAAGUAAAAAGAAAGAAGGAGAAAGUAGAGAAAGUGAAAAGAAGGAUGAACAAAGUAGAGAAAGUGAAAAGAAAGAUGAAGAAAGUAGAGAAAGUAAAAAGAAGGAUGAAGAAAGUAGAGAAAGUGAAAAGAAAAAUGAAGAAAGUAGAGAAAGUAAAAAGAAAGAAGGAGAAAGUAGAGAAAGUGAAAAGAAGGAUGAAGAAAGUAGAGAAAGUAAAAAGAAGGAUGAAGAAAGUAGAGAAAGUGAAAAGAAAGAAGGAGAAAGUAGAGAAAGUAAAAAGAAAGAAGGAGAAAGUAGAGAAAGUGAAAAGAAGGAUGAACAAAGUAGAGAAAGUGAAAAGAAGGAUGAAGAAAGUAGAGAAAGUGAAAAGAAGGAUGAAGAAAGUAGAGAAAGUGUAAAGAAGGAUGAAGAAAGUAGAGAAAGUAAAAAGAAGGAUGAAGAAAGUAGAGAAAGUAAAAAGAAAGAAGGAGAAAGUAGAGAAAGUGAAAAGAAGGAUGAAGAAAGUAGAGAAAGUGAAAAGAAGGAUGAAGAAAGUAGAGAAAGUAAAAAGAAAGAAGGAGAAAGUAGAGAAAGUAAAAAAAAAGAUAAAGAAAGUAGAGAAAGUGAAAAGAAGGAUGAAGAAAGUAGAGAAAGAGAAAGUAAAGAGAAAGCUGAAGAAAGAAAAGAAAGAGAAAGUAAAGAGAAAGCUGAAGAAAGAAGAGAAAGUGAAGAAAUUAAUGAAAAUAAAGAGAAGGCUAAAGAAAGUAAAGAAAGUGAAAAGAAGGAUGAAGAAAGUAGAGAAAGUAAAAAGAAAGAAGGAGAAAGUAAAGAAAGUGAAAAGAAGGCUGAAGAAAGUACGGAAAGUGAAGAAAAAACUAAUUUUAGUAGAGAAAAUAAAUCGAAGACUGUAGAAGCUAGAGAAAACAAAGAGAAGACUGAAGAAGCUAGAGAAAACAAAGAGAAAACUAAAGAAAAGAAAGAGAGGAAUAAAGAAACUAGAGAAAUUAAAGAGAGGAAUAAAGAAACUAGAGAAAUUAAAGAGACGACUGAAGAAACUAGAGAAAUUAAAGAGAAGACUGAAGAAACUAGAGAAAACAAAGAGAAAACUGAAAGUGAAGAGAAGAUUGAAAAUGAAGAGAAGAUUGAAAGUGAAGAGAAGAUUGAAAAUGAAGAGAAGAUUGAAAGUGAAGAGAAGAUUGAAAGUGAAGAGAAGAUUGAAAGUGAAGAGAAGAUUGAAAAUGAAGAGAAGAUUGAAAGUGAAGAGAAGAAUGAAAGUGAAGAGAAGAUUGAAAGUGAAGAGAAGAUUGAAAGUGAAGAGAAGAUUGAAAGUGAAGAGAAGAUUGAAAAUGAAGAGAAGAUUGAAAGUGAAGAGAAGACUGAAAGUGAAGAGAAGACUGAAAGUGAAGAGAAGACUGAAAAUGAAGAGAAGAUUGAAAGUGAAGAGAAGAUUGAAAAUGAAGAGAAGAUUGAAAAUGAAGAGAAGAUUGAAAGUGAAGAGAAGAUUGAAAAUGAAGAGAAGAUUGAAAAUGAAGAGAAGAUUGAAAGUGAAGAGAAGAUUGAAAGUGAAGAGAAGAUUGAAAAUGAAGAGAAGAUUGAAAAUGAAGAGAAGAUUGAAAAUGAAGAGAUGAAUGAAAGUGAAGAGAAGAUUGAAAGUGAAGAGAAGACUGAAAAAAUGAGAGAAAAUGAAGAAAAUGCGGAUCAUAAAGAAAAUAAAGAGAAGACUGAAGAUAUUAGUGAAAAUAAAGAUAUCUCUUCAGUUGUUAAAGAAACUGAAGAGAGUACUGCUUAUAAUAAAGAUACUAAAGAGAGACUUACAGCCGGUAUGGAUUUGGCAAACAAAAAGAAUCAGAGCUUCGGACAUAAAAACCAAAAUAAAGCAUCUGACUACAUUUUGUGGUCCUUUUUACUUGUAUUAGUUGCAUAUCUAUGUAUGUUUUGGGUUUCAUAUUUGUAAUUUAAAGCUGUAAAGUAUUUAUUUGUUUUCUAUCUCCAUUUAGUUUCUCAUAUUUACAAAUAGUAGGCUACCAUUUUUAUUCCCAUUUCUUGUUUAAGCUUAAACACAUAUAUACACUAUAAAAACAUUCGCUCAUAAUUUCUUAAAUUGAGAUUGGUUUUGGUUAAAGGAAACAAAAAUCAUUGUAGCCCGCUAAUUUGAAGAGUUAGUAUUUGAAGUAUUUGUAUUUAGUAUUUUUAUCACUAAUUGAUUAAGUAUUGAGUACCUUAGCAUAUAUUUUGUGUAUCUUUUUUGUUCAUUUAAAAUUUCAAAGCAAUGCUUUUUAUACAAUUUAUGAAUGUCGCAUUCAGAAUUGAAAUGAUUUUUUUUUAUUCAGAUGAAAAGUAAACUCAUAAGAACCGUUUCAAUUAGUGCCAUUUGAACAUAGAAAUGUUAAAGUCUCCGGUAAACAUGAAGGAUAAGAUGAACACAAAGUUAGGCUUGAGACACUGAAGUGUCAACGUCAAUACAAUAAUUUAUUUUAAAAAUAUUAGUAUAAAUGACUAGACUAUACUUGAGUUAAAUGUCUGUAGGUAUUUACCAGCUGGUCAAUAUGGGGAGAGCGAUGCUAAUGAAGUACGUAUACGCCUCUGGAAGAAAAGCGUACCAAACGAAAAAUGGCUGGCUUCUUCAGAACAAAGCGAAAGCCACAUUAAACCUGCGUUAUAUGUGAAUGUAUCUCGAGAAUAGGGCUCUACGGUGAAACAGGCACUGUUCUACGAGAGGAACCGACACCAGUCGUUAGAGAAGGCCUGAACACCUACCUGCAACGUCACAACAUGUGGGCAGUGUAGACUUAUAGCAAUGCAUCAUCGCAUAAAUGAUUCCAGAUACCGAUCUCACAAAAACAAGCAAACGCAAGAAGUCCUUUUAUUUCCAUUAGCAAAGAAAGGCCCUUGUACCUUAGCGAACUGAUCACUCCAAAUGUCCUUCAGAAAGCCCUGAGCUCAAUGGACUCAACGCUUUUAGUCGUGCCACGUUUCUCCCUCAAAAGCUAGGGCCUGCGGGCUUUUUCAGUGCUCGAACCAAAGGUUUGGAACUCACUCCCCAUUGAUCUCAGACAGACAACAUGCUACACCACUUUCAAGAAGAACACUAAGACCUACCUGUUAAAAACGUAUUUAGAUUAGUUAGUCAUUUUAGCUCUAGUGUUUGUGUUUGCAAUGUUAUCACAGUGCCUUGAGCCUACAUUUUGUUUUUUAACAGCGCUUUAUAAAUAAAAUUAUUAUUAUUAUCACACACAAUGUUGAAGUGAAACUGUACUGAAUGUUUUGUUUGCUAUUAUUAUAAUUAUUGUUGUGUGUGAUACACAAAUUGUGGAGCAAAUACCCUCAUGGGUAAUAAUGAUAUUAUUAUUAUUUUAUAUAUGUUUCUAGUUUAGCUUUAGACUAGCUUUAAUGGUAAUGUAUUCUUGUAUAUCAACCGGAUAGAGUUGGACCAAAAUUGUGAUAGAGCAUAGCAAUCUAUUUAUAUUUAUCGUUAGUAUUUUAUAUUAUUUACAAAACAUGUUUUGGGGAUUUCUAUAACGAACAAUGAUUUAAUCUGUGAUUUAUUUUUCUUGUCUUUAAAGAAUAAAUAUGUGUAAAAAUUG